GCUUCCGGUUCCUCUCACCGCGGCCUCUUCUGCAGGGCCGCCUCCUCGCCGCGCUCGUUGUGUGGCCGGAGUCGCGGUGCUUCCGGCCGGCCCGAGAGACGCCGCCAUGGCCGCCGCUGUGGACUUCAAAACGUACGUGGAUCAAGCUUGCAAAGCUGCUGAAGAAUUUGCAAACAUUUACUAUGAAACCAUGGAUAAAAGGCGACGGGUCUUGACUAGACUCUACAUGGACAAAGCAACAUUAGUCUGGAAUGGGAAUGCAGUCUCUGGACAGGAAGCUCUGGCUGACUUUUUUGAAAUGCUGCCAUCCAGUGAAUUUCAGGUGACCUUGUUUGACUGCCAACCUGUUCAUGAGCAAGCAACCCUGAACCAGACAACCAUCCUUGUUGUGACCUGCGGGCUCGUGAAGUUUGAUGGCAGCAAGCAGCGGUACUUCAACCAGAACUUCUUGCUCACAGCCCAAACCACAAACAACAAUACAGUGUGGAAGAUUGCGAGCGACUGCUUCCGCUUUCAAGACUGGCCGAGUUAGUGGGUGUGUGAAGUGGGCGCUGUGGACAACAGGCCCCCGCUUUUGGAUUGGUCAAAGACUGGAUACAGGAUGUUUCUCCCCCCCCUCCUCCCCCCCUCUGCUCUUUCGGAAGUUGUCAGGAAUUACUGAUUUUGCGACAGAAUAAAAUAACGUUACUUUAAACCAGGUUUAAAGCCGGGAGCACUUCUGUGCCUUCAAGAUACUGUUAAGCUGUGCUGCGGGAGAAACUUUCCCCCAGGGGGGUUUGUAUUGCUGUUUGGGGUCCAUGGCAGUCAUUCCAGAAAAUCCUCUUUAGGUGCGGCAGACGUGUCUCUCGCAGUUGUGUAUUCUGCACGAGUUGGACACCGCCUCUUCUACAAGUUUUUUGCACAAACUCCACUCCCCUGCUAAGCAUCGUCACUCUCAACGUGUAUGUAUUUGUGAGAAAUUAAAAAAAAAAUGUCUAGUGCUGUGGCAGAAAAGGUGUGUGUGUGUUUCCUAGCCGAGGGUCUCCAGUUUGCCUUAGAAGCCGAACGCCUGCUUCCUCAAGACGAGCGAAGUAAAUUCAUCGGGGCA